CCAUCGUCAUCGAAGCUUGUGUGCGUGGCAAGGAAGCUUGGCCCAGCUUUCAGCCUCUGGCUGGGCGCCUAGCACACUCGUUGUCGUGGCAUGUCUUGGCAACAAACAGAAUAAUGUGCACAAGGAUGCCAGCAAGAGUGUUGGAUAGAAAUAGCUGCAGCGAACUAUGUAUAGCAUCCAGUGUAGUUCGACCCGCAGCAUCGGCUGUUAUUUUUCCAGCAGUGCGGACCCACCCAGACCAAACAACGCUAUUUUUAGUGCACACCCCAGAAAUCGCCGUAGACGUUGCUCUUGUAAUGGCCAGCACACGGGCUCUGGUUGAUUUUUGGAUUAUUUACAGGAUUCUGAGAGCGACCGAGGACUCGUACACCUGCCAGUGGACCACCUGCACGAAAUCGUUUCCUGAUCCCGAGGCACUCUACAUGCACUUGUGCACGGACCACGUCGGGCGAAAAUCGACCAACAAUCUCUGCCUGACAUGUCACUGGAAAGACUGCAAUACCACCUGUGCAAAGCGUGAUCACAUUACAAGCCAUUUACGAGUCCAUACGCCACUGAAACCACACUUGUGCGAGGUCUGCCACAAGUCGUUCAAACGACCCCAAGACCUCAAAAAGCACGAGAAAAUUCACACCGAGGCACAUCAUCUCCAGCACAAGCACUCCAAGGCGAUUACGGUCAAGGAGCUCCCAAGCAAGGCCAAGAGCCUCUUGGACUCUUCAGUCGCGAGUGAUCGCCGACCGCACCAGAAACGACGCCAUGAUGCCGUCGAAGAACUCUUGUCCGAUUUGAAGCGACGUAGAUUAGAACCGACUUAUAAUGAGGAUGGUUGCCCGUCCUUGGACAUGCCCUCCUUUCCCACGUCCGUCUCCCUGAACAUCAACUCUCCCGAGGAUCUAGCCGCCGUCAACGCGUUCCUCCUCGCUCUAGGCCGUGAUGUGACCAGCGCUCACCACCGCUCGAUGAGUGCGUCUGCAGCCGGCAUGGGUGGUGGAUUAGGCUCGGCAGCGUUGCACCCGCUCUUGCAGCCGAGACGCAAUAAUGACUAUAUUCCACAAGACAGUUGGUUUAAUGAUGAUGGGUUGGCCCAGGUCGGACUCGUCGGACUCCCCGGGCUCCCCACGACGCACUUGUCGUUGCAACAGCAAGAUGCAGAUGCGGCUUAUCUCCGAAAUUUGCAAGCUGCGCGGUUUCUCAACCAACAGCAACAGCAACGCCAGUCCCACCCGCUCAGCGCGGCGUCGAGUCUCGCCAGUCUAUACCCCAGUCUCGACAUUGGGCUCUCUCGACUCGACAGCGGCAGGGAUUCGGGACACCACAGCAGCAGCAACAACCAUGCAAACAACUUGUUUGCGGAUAUUGGGAAUACGUUGGCGCAUACGCCACCCGCUGUCAUUGCCAGCCCGCUCAGUACGACGAGCUCGACUGGAUCGUCGCACAGUGCGUCGACGCCGCUCAAUGGAUCGGUUGUGCACUCGAGUGGUGGUAUCGACUCGGGCACGUCUGGUGCUUCGUCGCUCAAUGGCGGAUCGAACGACUUUGGGUUGUAUGAUUCGAGCAAGUUGAGGGUGUCGUUUGACUCGCUCAAGCCUCCUUCCCCACCAUCUUUGCUCUUGUCUACCCCCGCGCUCGGUCCAAGACCUGGUGCUGGGUUGUUGGGUACUGGACCCAAGCAGUCCUUGUUCUUGCAGACGAGUCGUGGACUGCUCGCUGAAGAAGAUGAGGAGGCGGAUAUCAGCAUGGAGGACAAGGGACAUUUGCGUGCAUCGUCUCCUGCGGCCGAAGAGAUGAGUCCUGAAGAAAUUGACGAGGACAGUGACUCGCAAGAGUCGGCGGACGGUAGCAUACACCAACCUGGCCACUCGCUCUACCCCCUCCUCAAACAAGAAGGUGACCCCAGACUCAAGUUGCCCGCUUUGGCCCUCUCCAACAAGCACCACCACCAUGCUCAUCAUCCAAACCUUGCUGCUGCUGCACCCUCCAUCUACCCCAAACUCACACCUGUCCGCAGGUGGUCGCAAGACUCGCAGUCCUCUUCAGAGGGCCGCUCGUCUUCUUCGUUGUCGAGGAAUAUGGGUGAUAUCUCAUUGACGAGUCCGCCCAAUGGAAGGCAGACGACGCUUCCUCCUCUUACUGCGGUCGUAGUCUCGUCGCCUCCUUCGUCGCCACGCUCCGAUCUAUCAAGUGAACUAGGCUCUCGUGCAUUCGGUAGAAUAUCUCAUGAAGAACGACUCCGACAUGCUACACUUAUCCGCUCGUUGUUGCUCUAUAUCAACACCGAGUACGUUAAAAAGUAUGGAGUCACCGGUGACGGUCUACAAGCACCAGCCCUCCCACAAGCACCCUCGUUGUCUGCUUUACAUCCUCCCCAUGGAUACCAGCGGAGUCGAACACCCAUCGAAGAUAGGAUGGAAUUGGACUCGCCAGUCGGUUACGUUCCCAGUGCUGCGUGA